AUGACCGUCGCUGCAACCGGAAGCCUUGUACGGAGCUCCGGCGUCGCUGCGGUGGCUCCGUCGCCAUGGAACGUGCGUCUUAGAGAGCUCGCGUAUCAAUACUUGUUCGGUGAAGCGAUCUCUCUCUACAGGUCAAUGCUCCGUUCAGGUUCCUCUCCAGACGCAUUCUCUUUCCCUUUCAUUCUCAAGUCAUGUGCCGCGCUUUCGCUCCCCGUCUCCGGGAAACAGCUACAUUGUCAUGUCAUCAGAGGAGGAUGCGAGGCUGAGCCCUUUGUGCUGACUUCUCUGAUCUCGAUGUACUGUAAAUGUGGUUUGGUCGAGGAUGCACGCAAAGUGUUCGACGAAAAUCCUCACUCACGUCGGCUUGGUGUUUGUUACAACGCUUUGAUAUCUGGGUACACAGCAAACUCGAAGGUAUCUGAUGCUGCGUAUAUGUUUCGGAGGAUGAAGGAAUUUGGUGUAUAUGUGGAUUCAGUUACAAUGCUUGGACUUGUCCCGGUUUGCUCGGUUCCUGAUUUCCUUUGGUUCGGGAUGUCUCUUCAUGGUCAAUGCGUUAAAGGAGGAACAGAUUCUGAGAUAUCUGUUCUGAAUAGUUUCAUCACGAUGUACAUGAAAUGCGGGUCGGUAGAAUCAGGUAGGAGGUUGUUCAAUAUAAUGCCUGUGAAGGGUUUGAUUACUUGGAAUGCGGUGAUUUCUGGAUAUGCACAGAACGGGCUAGCUAAUGAUGUUUUGGAACUUUACGAGAAGAUGAAAUUAGCGGGUGUUUGUCCUGAUUCUGUUACAUUGGUUAGUGUUCUGUCGUCCUGUGCUCAUCUUGGAGCUCAGAAGAUUGGUCAGGAAGUUGAAAAGCUAAUAGGAGCCAGUGGUAUUGUAUCAAAUGUGUUUGUUAGCAAUGCAUUGAUCAGUAUGUAUGCUAGAUGCGGUAAUUUGGCAAAGGCACGUGCUGUUUUCGACAUCAUACCUGUAAAAAGCUUAGUGUCGUGGACCGCCAUGAUAGGUUGCUAUGGGAUGCAUGGAAUGGGAGAGACUGGGCUUAAGCUUUUCGAUGAUAUGAUAAAAAGCGGUAUAAGACCCGACAAGGCAGUCUUUGUGAUGGUUUUAUCUGCGUGUAGCCAUUCAGGGCUAACGGAUAAAGGUUUAGAGUUAUUUGGUGCGAUGAAGAGAGAGUAUAACUUGGAACCUGGCCCUGAACACUGCUCUUGCGUAGUUGAUCUACUUGGAAGAGCUGGUCGACUAGAUGAAGCCAUUGAGUUUAUAGAAUCAAUGCGUGUUGAGCCGGAUGGUGCUGUUUGGGGCGCACUAUUGGGUGCCUGUAAAAUCCAUAAGAAUGUGGAUAUGGCAYAGUUAGRUUUUGCAAAGGUGAUUGAYUGUGAACCCAUGAACAUUGGCUAUUAUGUAUUGAUGUCAAAUAUAUAUUCAGARGCGAAGAAUCAGAAGGGAAUAUGGAGAAUCCGCCUAAUGAUGAGAAAGAGAGGAUUCAAGAAAGAGCCUGGGUAUAGUUAUGUGGAACACAAGGGAAGAGUUCACUUGUUUUUGGUUGGCGACAGAAGUCACGAGCAAACAGAAGAAGUCUAUAGAAUGCUGGAUGAGUUAGAGACUUCUGUGAUGGAGAUUGCAGGAAACACGGACAGUGAUAGAGGCGAAGAGGUUUUGAACAGUAGACGCGAGCAUAGCGAGAGGUUAGCAGUAGCAUUUGGGAUUCUCGACACUAGUCCAGGCGCAGAGAUUCUUGUCAUAAAGAACCUGAGGGUUUGUAAAGAUUGUCAUGUGUUCAUCAAGAUGGUUAGCAAGAUUGUAGACCGCCGGUUUGUUAUAAGAGAUGCAUCUCGGUUCCACUAUUUCAAAGAUGGGGUCUGCUCGUGCAACGAUUACUGGUGA